AUGGCAGUAUAUAAGUUGGCUCUGCUCGCUGGUAACGGUGCUUUUAUAUGUCGUUGGACCACUUCACAAAUCACCAAAUGUGUUUCAAACGGCAGCAUAGCACUGCAGACUAUUGAUCUUACCUUGUCGUUGAAUCCAGCAUUAUCAAGCUCGGAAUUCGCACAUCUUCUAGGAAAUAAUGCUAUCUGGAUUCAGAGCGAUAACAAUAAUAUUGAGCCUGCCAGCACGGAGUCCUUUGGCUCACGAGAGGCUUUCCAAUUUCUCGUGAAUUGCCUUCAAGCCACCAAAUCGUCCGAGAAGAGACUCGUGAGACUUAUUACCCCUUUACAGAGAGGUACAGUUAUCAGGUCAGAUAUCAUCCCCCUUCGACUCAAGGGUGCUUUCGGUGUCGAGCGGGUGGUGUCCUUCUUAACGCCGCUCCAAUCGCUUUCUGGGGAAGCCGUUUGCCUAGAUGUGGUUUCACUCUCUAAACUAUUUCGUUCCUCUGCUGGGGGAAUAUUGCUACAGCAGUCGUUUCCAGGGACCGACGUGGAUUCAGCAGUACCUAUUGUACCUCCGGAAUUCGAGGCUGAAUUUGAAAAUAAGAUGUCUCUGCCCUGGGUUUUACCGAGAUCGACCACUCGGAAGCGACUUGUUCUCGUUGGCAUUAGCUACCGUGCGCCAUCUCAGGGGUCAUGGGCCGUGUAUGCAUGCGAAGCAGCCCGUGCCCUUGGAAUUGACCUCGUCAUUAUUGACAAGCCUGGGUGCUGGAUCGAGCGAAGCGAAUAUUCACAGUGGUAUGAGGCAUUCUUGCCUGCUGGUACUUGGUGGACGAACCCGCCUGGCCUCGACAUGGCAGACCAUAUCGUCGAGACAGUCAAGUCGUAUGGCAAGAAGAUCGAUGGCAUCGUUGCUUUUAUAGACUCGUUUCAAGCUACGGUCAGCCGAGCAGCGGAGAAGCUUUGCCUCCCGCACCAGCCCGCCGAGUCGUAUGAAAUCGCAACCGACAAAUAUCAAGUAGGCAUUGCCGAAGGCCGUAAUCCAUUCAACGGUUCGACAGUCGAAGAGGCCCUUGAAUUUGCCUCGGCGGAGGACCUUUCAUACCCCCUAAUUCUCAAGCCACGCUUAGGCCUUAACUCAGAAGGGAUCGUACGAGUGAACAACGCAGCGGAGAUUCAAGCCGGGGUAGAUAUGAUACAGAAGACCUUCUUCAAGUCAUUUACGAUGGAGAAGUAUUGCGAUGGCCCAGAAGUCGACGUUAACAUGAUCUUACUGGAUGGCGAAAUACUCUUCUGCGAGAUCUGCGACGACUUCCCAAAGCCGGGAGAUCAAAGCGACAUGACGGUCCCCGCCUCUCAAAUGAGCUUCUUGGAAACAUAUCUCGUCCACCCUUCCGCUCUUCCACCUCCUGAGCUAGAGAUGCUUCAGAGUUCCAUCGGCGCAACUCUCCAGCGAAUCGGAAUUUCUAGUGGCGUCCUACACGUAGAAGCUCGAGUUCAGCGAUCAUCCGUCGAAUACCGCUCUGAUGGCGGCGUUCUAGACUUACAGCCAAUUGAAAAAGCGACAACAUCCGCUCCUCCAACUCCCUGGAUUUUGGAAAUCAACCCACGACCUCCGGGAUCUACUGCCAGCCGUAUCGUAGAGUCAGUCUACGGAAUUGAUUAUUUUGGCGUCGCCCUGGCCCUGGCUAUCGAGGAUAAGGAUCGAGCUAGAUCACUAUCCCUCCCAUUCCAAAAUGGCGCCCAGCAUACCGGAGUGCUCGUUUUCAUUGGCGCUGAUUUCGACGAAACCUGCGAGGGCAUCUUUGAUUCGGAUGACAUCUGCAGCGAAUUGUUAGGCCGAAGACCUGACCUAGCGAAGAAUAUUAAUCGCUACGGUUGUCUUGUGAAAAGGGGCCAGAAGGUCCCACACCCCAGUUCCGGAGCAAACACAUUUAUAGCUUACUUCAAUGUGUUCUCGAAGUCAAGAAAAGAAGCACUAGAAAUUGCAGUUGAAGUGAGGAAGGAAGUCAGGUACUCAUUCCGUUAA